AUGGCUACUGGUGGAAAAGCUCCUGAUGGUAAAAAUUCUAAAGAAACUAGUGCAGCGAUUCUAUCGACUAUCGAUUCAAGAGAAGAAGUGCAGACAUAUUUACUUAAAUCUUACCUUCAUUCAACAAUGGAUAUAUAUGAACAUGUACCAAAAUCUUCUGAACAUCUCACUGUGCAGGACACCUUAUUGAAAAAGAAGACAAAAAAGUGCCGUGGUAAUCGAAAAUUACAACGUUAUACACGCCGAUGUCAAGCAAAAGGAAUGAAUGAUCAAGCAAUUGAAAUGUUAAUGUUGCUUAGACAAGUAAAUAAAUCAGUUCAUCAAAAUACUCAAGAAACACAUGAAAAUCAAAAGGAUGGGUCUUUUAUAAUAAAUACAGUUAGUAAUGUCAUGGACAUGUAA